UACACCUCUGAGUACUCUGAUGAUGAUGAUUUAUUUUAUGAGAGACCUGCAGGAUUUUUCAGGUUGAGCCUGAGGAAGGCCUCUGGCUCUGGUCGGAUACUGAUGGAAGAUGCAGAUCGACAAGUUUCAGGUUCAUCUGAAAACAAUGACAGUGAACCCGCGGAGCAUUCAGGGAUUAGAAAAUUAUUCCCUGAAAAUGAACACAAAAGAAACAAAACCCCUGAGGGUAAGAAGUUCAGGACAAGGUUGGCCUUGGCCCACAAAUCCCUCUCAAGCUUAUUUGAGUCCAAAUGUCCAGAAAAGGAAAACACUGAGCAAAGCUCAAAAGCGUCAGUGAAAAAUGAAAAGGAGAAAGUCAAACUUCGCCAGAGUGCCUGGAAAGCUUUUCUAAAGAGCAAGGAGGCAGAUGGACUAAAAAGGCCUGUCCUAGUAAGUUUGUCAUCCACACAGGAGGGUCUCAAUGCAACCAGUGGCCAUGUGUUAACACCACUAGAGCAACAGUAUAGUUCCAACAGACACACUUUUUUAAAAACAGAAACAGAUAAUGGCUCUUCAACAGACUCCAACUACUUUGACAGCUCUGUGGAGCCUCUUGAUGUCUCUUUACCUGCACGUAUGUGGAGAAGACGAAUCCAGUCCCAUGACUUGGGUAUCAGAUACUCACAGAGUUCAGACUGUGAUGAACAGCAGGAGGUUCUGAGCAACAGUUUAAAUACUUCUCUAGAGGAAUACUGGAUUAAAACUCCAUUUAGCCCCCCUGAUUUCCAGCUGGCAUUUAGUCAGUCAAGUCCAUCAUGUCCCCAGCUCUCCAAUUCUGAUGGUAAAGACAUGCCUUGUAGGCCCAUGAGUCCCAAACCUCAGAGCUCACGAUCCACUUCUCAGCACAAGAACCUUCGCUACCCUGGGCGCGUUUGCGCUGCUUCUAUGAUCUCUCUUGGGAACAGCUCUGAAGUGGAAAGCAGUCUGGAGGCUCCUGAGAGGCCAAAGACACUGAAACCCAGAGGAAGUCUCUUACACUCGCUGGACGACUUCCAGAGGGAUGACAGUGGCAUAAGCAGUCAAUCCCAGAUCAGCUUAAAUACAGCUUCUUCCAUUACUGACAUGCUCCGAGACGAGUUUGUAAAACAGGAGUCUAAACAGCCAUGUCAAACAGCAGCUGGAAAGAGGCCAAAUAAGAAAUGGGUUCCCCAUCGCAAAAGGAGGCCCCCCCGGGUCCCAGCGUGCCCCAUGGCCACCCUGGAGAGCAGAGCCCGCACGCUCUCCUUCCCUGCUCCCGAGGAAAAAGCCAAGGAGAUGCCAGAGAGGAGGAGGAAGAGACCCAAACCCCUCUAUAAGUGCUUCAGCUUCGAUGAUGUUUGGAUGGAGAGGAGUCAAAAAAGGAAGCUAGAGAAGGAGACACAGCCAGAGGGAGGGGUUCAGUUGCAACAUCUCCCACAGGACCCCUCAAAAACUGGAAUAAGUCCAUCCAUCACAUCUCCUGUUGCCUUUGACAUCCUGCCCCUGAAGCUGCAUUCCUUUUCCAAGAGCACCCCGACAGGCCUGGACUGUGUGGGCUGCAAACGGCGCAUCUCCGCUCCCAUGAUCACUGAUGGGGGCCUGGACAAGACAGCCCUGACGGACGAUGUGGGCAGCGAGGAGGAUCUGUACGAGGAUUUCCGCAGCUCCGCCCACCGCUACGGCCACCCCGGGGGCGGCGGCGAGCAGCUGGCCAUCAACGAGCUGAUCAGCGAUGGCAGCGUGGUGUACGCGGAGGCGCUCUGGGACCACGUCACCAUGGAUGACCAGGAGCUGGGAUUCAAGGCCGGAGAUGUCAUCGAAGUGAUGGAUGCCACCAACAAGGAGUGGUGGUGGGGCAGGAUUCUGGACAGUGAAGGCUGGUUUCCAGCCAGCUUUGUUCGGCUGCGGGUGAACCAGGAUGAGCCCAUGGAGGAUUAUCCCCUGAAGGUGGAGGGGGGCAGAGAGGAGGAUUCCCGGCGCUUUGGGAUGGGCCAGACCACCAAAGACCAGAUGAGGACCAACGUCAUCAAUGAGAUCAUAAGCACCGAGAGAGACUACAUCAAGCACCUGAAGGACAUUUGUGAGGGUUACAUUAAGCAGUGCCGCAAGAGAGCCGACAUGUUUACAGAGGAACAGCUGAAGACAAUCUUUGGGAAUAUUGAGGACAUCUACAGGUGCCAGAAGAAAUUUGUUAAAGCACUAGAGAAGAAAUUUAACAAAGACCACCCACAUUUGAGUGAGGUUGGCUCAUGCUUCUUGGAAUAUCAAACAGAGUUUCAGAUCUACUCCGAGUACUGCAACAACCACCCCAACGCGUGCCUGGAGCUGUCGCGCCUGGCCAAGGUGAACAAGUACGUUUACUUCUUCGAGGCCUGCCGCCUGCUGCAGAAGAUGAUUGACAUCUCCCUGGAUGGCUUCCUGCUCACCCCCGUGCAGAAAAUCUGCAAAUACCCCCUGCAGCUGGCAGAGCUGCUCAAGUACACCAACCCCCAGCACAGGGAUUUCAAGGACGUGGAGGCUGCCCUGAAUGCCAUGAAGAACGUGGCCCGGCUCAUCAACGAGCGCAAGCGGCGGCUGGAGAACAUCGACAAGAUCGCCCAGUGGCAGAGCUCCAUAGAGGACUGGGAGGGAGAAGAUGUCCUAGUCAGAAGCUCAGAACUCAUCUAUUCUGGGGAAUUAGCCAAAAUCUCCCACCCUCAAGCCAAGAGCCAACAGAGGAUGUUCUUCCUCUUCGAUCACCAGCUUGUCUGCUGCAAGAAGGACCUCCUGCGCAGGGACAUCUUGUACUACAAGAGUCGGAUCAGCAUGGAUGACAUGGAAAUACUGGAUGUGGAAGAUGGCAAAGACAAGGACUUCAAUAUCAGUGUGAAAAAUGCAUUUAAGCUGCACUGCAGAGACACUGAGGAAGUCCACUUAUUCUGUGCAAAAAAGCCUGAGCAGAAACAGCGCUGGCUGAAGGCGUUUGAGAAUGAAAGGAGGCAGGUGCAGCUCGACCAGGAGACAGGCUUUUCCAUCACGGAGGUGCAGAAAAAGCAGGCAAUGCUGAAUGCCAGCAAGCAGCACCAUGCUGGGAAGCCCAAGGCUGUCACCAGGCCCUACUACGAGUUCCUGCUGCGGCAGAAGCACCCCACGCUGCCCAGCACGCUCCCUCAGCAGCAGGUCUUCAUGCUGGCAGAGCCCAAGCGCAAGCCCUCGAACUUCUGGCAGAACAUCAGCAGGCUGACGCCGUUCCGGAAAUAGGGGCAGCAGCCCCUGUUUGUGCCUGAAGCCCUUCUGAGAAAGCACUUUAUCCCUCUGCUGGCAGGUGGAGCCCAGGUUCAGCCAGCCCUGUGCUCACAGAGGAUGGCACAGGUGCUCCUGCCUUCCCUAUUUAUUUUGCAGCCCGGCUGACCCGCUGGCUCCCAGGUGAGGCUGAGUGCAGCGGUGCCACGGAGCCAGCCCUGCCCUGCCCAGCAGGCACAGCUCCAGGAGCACACAGCAGGGAGCUGGACAGGCUGCAGCCCAGAGAUUUACCUUGUCAGCUGUACUUGGACUCACUCCUUCCUGCUGUGCCCGCCACUGCUGGCUGGCAGCUGCCACAGGCCAGGGCAGCCCAUGGACCCGCUGGCCCUGUGGCCGCUGCCGCGCUCAGAACAGCUCAGAGUCCGUGGUGAGGAGGGAUGAACCUCCUGCUCUGCCCACCCCAUGCCCUGCAUUUCUCAGAGCUGUGAUCCUCCUCCACGUGUCCAGCUAAGUCAGCAGCCUCUGCAGGCCCUCAGAGCACAGUGAGCACUGCACUGUGACCUCCUCCCUUCCUUUAGUCCAGCAGCACCGGUGAACGGUGCCCCACAUUAAACUGUGCCAACCUGCAGCAUGAGUCAAGUCGAAGAAUCUCUCUAGUGGGUUUGAGUUACAUAAGUUAGAGAAAAAUGUGCCUAAUUAAUACCAUACUCAAUUCUUUAGAUUCUCGUCUCUCCAUCAUUCUGCCAUAUUUCCUGGCCAAUGAAAAUGCUCAUUGUUUGUAAUGUGUUUAUUUAUGGUAAAAAUCAGAACUGUGUAUUUUGUAAGUCUGUAAUUGUUCUUGUCAGAUGUUGUUAACUUGA